CACACUCCCUUUCCGUAACGGAAGCUCUGCCCUCUUUCUGUUUAACGUGUGUUGCUAUUGGCUCUCUGUGGCUUAUUUAAGGACGUCAUUUCCGGCCGCCCGUCCUUUCCGCGCUACCCUGGAACGGGUCCGUACGGCGUUGUUCUUGGUUCCCAUCGUAACUUAAAAGGGAAACUUACACAAUGUCCGGAGGCCUUGACGUCCUGCAGAUGAAGGAGGAGGAUGUCCUCAAAUUCCUUGCUGCAGGAACCCACUUAGGUGGCACCAACCUUGACUUUCAGAUGGAGCAGUACAUCUACAAAAGGAAAAGUGACGGUAUCUACAUCAUCAACCUGAAGAGGACUUGGGAGAAGCUGUUGUUAGCCGCUCGAGCUAUUGUUGCCAUUGAGAACCCUGCUGAUGUCAGCGUCAUCUCCUCCAGGAACACUGGCCAGCGAGCUGUGCUGAAGUUUGCCGCUGCCACAGGAGCCACUCCAAUUGCUGGCCGCUUCACACCUGGGACCUUCACUAACCAGAUCCAAGCAGCCUUCAGGGAGCCCCGGCUUCUAGUGGUGACUGAUCCCCGGGCUGACCACCAGCCCCUCACAGAGGCCUCUUACGUCAACCUGCCCACCAUUGCUCUUUGUAACACAGAUUCUCCCCUGCGCUAUGUGGACAUUGCCAUCCCAUGCAACAACAAGGGAGCUCACUCAGUGGGUCUCAUGUGGUGGAUGCUGGCCAGGGAAGUACUCCGCAUGCGAGGAACCAUCUCCCGGGAGCACCCAUGGGAGGUUAUGCCUGAUCUUUACUUCUACAGGGACCCAGAGGAGAUUGAGAAGGAGGAGCAGGCUGCCGCUGAGAAGGCUGUGACCAAGGAGGAAUUCCAGGGUGAAUGGACGGCACCAGCGCCUGAGUUCACUGCUGCUCAGCCUGAGGUGGCCGACUGGUCUGAGGGUGUGCAGGUGCCCUCUGUGCCCAUUCAGCAGUUCCCCACAGGUGUGUAUCAAGGCCAGGGCAUCAGGCUGCAGGGAGCUGAGCAGUGUAGACUGAGUAAUGGUGAAGCCUUCAGUGGCCACGAGAGCGUUACUGUUCUGACUCUGGGUGUGCUUUGAUGUGUGUGCCGGUGGGCGCAGUGUGUCUUGACACAUUGCUUUUGGGAUGACUUGGGAAAAGUUACUCUGUUCCUAGAGCUGAUGACCUUUUUUGUACUUUAUUAACAGAAGACUGGAGUGCACAGCCGGCCACUGAGGACUGGUCAGCAGCUCCCACAGCACAGGCUACUGAGUGGGUUGGAGCCACCACUGAGUGGUCCUGAGCUCCUCUGCAGGUGCCUGAGCGAAGGGAAAAAAGGUGGAAGGAAAAUAAAGUUCCUGAAAGCUG